GCUUCAGUUUUACUAAACUUCGUAUCUUAAGAAAAAAAGUCUGAGUUACGAAGUUCGUAACUUUUGAAUUAAGAUACGAUGCUUCUGUUUUACUAACGCGUUCGUAAAUUUUUAUCGUAAUCUUAACUUAUGAACAAUUCGUAAGAUACGAUCUUGGAACUCUCUUUUAAAGGAGAUAUAAAUAUUCGUAGUUACGAAUGCUGCGCAAGCGCAAUAGUCACUUUCGCUUUUAUUCGCGGCAAAACGUCAUUCUCGUCUGCGACAAAAAAAGAAAUGGAAAGCAAAGAUAUCAAGCGGAGAAGGCCCAACUGGAGCGAGGGGGAGCUUGUGGCUUUGGCGGAGGCAGUGGUCCCUAGGGCCCAUUACCUAAAAGGGAAGCUGUCUCCGUCAUUGACAGCUGAGAGAAAACAGGGGCUUUGGGAGGAGGUAGCUGAUGAAGUCAACUCUGUUGCCAUGAUUAAAAGAACAGUUGAUGAAAUGAAGAAAAAGUGGGCUGACAUGCAGAGCCUGACAAAAAAGAAAGAAGGAGAAAGGAGAAGGUCCAUGAAGAUGACUGGUGGAGGCCAAGGGCCCAAAUUUUCAUUUUAA